AUGAUCUUGCCAUUCGUACUAUUUUGGGUUUUCCUCGUCUUCCUACUUUCGAGGCAAUUGUCAUGGAGCCGAAGAAUCCCUGGCCCGCGGAUUGCUCGAUACACGAAUCUGUGGUACUGUUGGCAGAUUUUAAAGUCUGAUUUCCACUGGACGAACAUAAAGCUGCAUGAAGAAAAAGGUAGAGUUAAUUUUCCUCCCAUCAACGACCCGGAUGCGACGAAGAUUAUUUACGGCCACGGUUCGCAUCUGGAGAAGAGUGAGUGGUUUGACGAACUGUCUUCGGAAAAAAUGCCUAUCGACUUGCCUCAUUGGCUGCAAUGCUAUGCAUUUGACGUGAUUGCUCAUAUUACAUUCGGCGAGCGCUUUGGUUUUCUCGAUAAAGGUGAAGACAUUCAGCAUUUGAUUCAGAUUCUCGACGUCGGGUUCACAGCAUCUAGUCUCCUGGGACUUUUGUUAUGGCUGCAGCCCUUGGCUCUCCGCUUGCUUGCAAUGGUUGGAGGCCAUGAAGCGGGAGUUAUCGACACUUUUAACAAGAAAAAGGUCAAGGAAGCUAAAACAGAGAAAUCGGACGUUUCUGAGAAUGGUCCAAUGACUAUGGUUAGAAAAAUGAUCCUGGCCCAACGAGCCCCCGAGGACACAAGGGGCAUUACAGACGUGGAUAUAGAAACUACCUGUGGCGCAAAUGUUGGUGCAGGAAGUGAUACAACUUCUCUGACCCUGAGCGCAGUUCUCUUCUAUCUUUAUCGCAACCCUGUUUGUCUUGAAAGAGCGAACGUUGGGUGCAAUAGUUGGGUUCUACACCAAAACAAGGAAAUAUACGGGGAGGAUGCUGAUCAGUAUCGACCUGAUCGUUGGUUGAGUGACGACAACGAAAAGCUAAAGACCAUGGAGCAGUUCUUCAUGCCAUUUGGUCUUGGCGCUAGAACCUGUAUUGGGAAGAACAUCUCUCUUCUGGAGAUAAACAAGGUUGUCCCAAUGUUGGUGAGGGAUUUCAAUAUUGAAUUUGUGACCAAGGAUGGGGAUCCGUUGAAGGCCGACAUUCUCCCAGGGAAGAACAGGUGGUUUGUGAAGCCAGAAGGGUUAUACGCGCGAUUAAAACGACGGAGUUAG